UGCGUUCGUUACUACAGACAUACAACCAUGUGUAAAAUAAAUAAGUGAAAUAGAUUAACAUAGAGCACAAUUAUCUUCGAAUUAACUAUGUAAAGCGUGAAAUACAAUCGUAGAAAAUAAAAUGAUUCAAUUAUGAACGGACUAUAAUGCACACGUUUGCUUUGUAGGCUACGAGCAUUAACUAAGAACUCUGGGAAAUGGUGUUUUUGACAGCAGAAACGCUGUAAUUGGGACAGGCGAACAACCAGACAGACAGGCAUUUAUAUGGAUAUAUUUAGAUAAAGAUAUAUAUAGAUAGACAGUUUACUCAUUCCUAUUCAGCAUUCUGUUUACUCAACAUUUGAAACAGCAAGUGUUUUAUAUGUAUAGCAUUAGACUUCCUAAUGAGCUAACCACAUAUAUAACCUAAACUACUCAUUUUAGGAGACAGACCAAGUGCAAAUACAAGUGUCAGUGUUUAUUGUAGACUGCCUCGUGAAUACUGUCUUCACAGCUAGACGUACACUACAGCAGGCUUAUUUCACACGCAAUCAACCCAAACAGGCAGAGAUUCUAUUGUAGUCUUGGUUCCUUCAUUUACAACUGCCUCGAUUGUGUUACAAUUUAAUCUUUGCGCCACAUGACGUUUAGCCACUAGUGGGCACAAUAUGACAGAUUAUGGAUUGGAGCACAACUAAUCCACUGAGAGGAUUCUCAAUCGCAUACCUCUGUUCAUUUCACACUCCUUUACGAAGUAAAGGUCUUGUUUAACCACUGAACCCAUACUCCUCUACUGAGUCAGAUUUAUAUAAGACGUUUAGCUAUGAGGUCUUCUCAGUUUAUGUAAAUAAUAUGGGGUUUAGAAAGCCGCAAAGUGUCACGAAGUCUUCCUCUUGUGUUUAUGUUCUCUGGAGAGUCCUCAGGCAAUCGGAGCAAAGGCAGGCAGCGAGAGGAGGGCUGACUCCAGAUCAGCCGUGUGCUAGCAUCCAGUGUGCACUGCUAGCUGAAUAAACAACAGUGGAACGAACGCCUCGAACAGGCAGGAAUGGGGACUUCACGGGCCCUGGUGGCAAACAGAAAGGAAUGUGCGCUUUAUCGCAAAUGUAGAAAGAACACUACGUUCGACGGUCAGUAUUGAAGAAGGCGACGCUUAUUUUUCGGCCAGUUAGUCGGAUCAUACAAGAUAGUUAGUCGCUACAUACAGUUUCCUAUUUUUGUAUGUGUGUGUGUUUUUGUGACGGUGUUGUCAGUCCUCUCAACCGACUGCUGACGUCCGUUCGCGAUCCUACUUUUGUCCCAUUUUCGAUUUAUUACGGGCCGUAUGCUCAGUAAAAGGACCAUCGAGGAAAUCCUUCAUUUCAUCUGAAUGAAAACAUAACAGCAGCUGAGGGUGGUCAGUGAAGCCUGUGAUGGAUCCGUGAUCUUCGCGGCAGUCUUCCUCAUCUUCCUCCUCCUCCUCCUCCUCUCUUUGUCACUGCCACCGCCUCCUGCGAGUGGAGCGUGCCCGUUGGACGCCUGCGCCCCCUCCCCUGCUCCGGGGUCAAAGGUCGAAGGGCGCGGCAGCCAUGAAGAGCGAGGUCCCUGCGGGCGGCGCGGCGCAGCGUAAGUCUGAGGGCCCGCUGAAGAGCCCCCUGCUGGCCCCCCCGGAGCCCAUGGACACCACGACCAAGAGCUUCCCCGCCGACGUGGACAUGCUGGGGGGGAAGGCCGGCAGCGAGUUCUCCCCCCUGUGUGCGCCUCCGCCCGCCGAGGAGGAGGCUCACCAUCGCCCCCUGCGGGACGCCGAGCACGAGUGCGACCGCGACAGGGGCCUCCCCGGGCGCAAGAAGCGCAAGAGCCAGCAGGCGGGGCCCUCGGACUGCUCCGCCCUGCUGAAAGCCCCCGCCCCUCCCCAGCUGCCCCCGCCCCGCGUGCCCCCGGCCGUGCUGGAGGGCCGCAGUGAGGAGGACCGCCACCCGGAGUCCUCCCUGAGCGACUGCGCCUCCUCGCACUCCUCCAGCCUUCGCUUCGGAGACUCCGACACGCUCAGCACCGACGAGGAGGGGGAGGGCCCCAGGGCCCCCAGUGUGGCGGGGUCGGGGGGUUCCACGCACACGCACACACACACACACGGCGCACACACACGCUCCCAGCCACCGCCAGCGCCGCCUCCCAUCGCUCGGACUCGGGCCAGCCGCUCCCAGAAGUGGCCGCCGCGGGUGGAGCCGGAGGCGGUGCUUCUGAAGCGCCCGUGCCUGAGCUCGCGGCGGCCACACCCCCACAGGAAGCGGCUGGUCAAGGGCGGGGGCUCUGGGGGGGCGCAGAGGACCAGCAAGCAGAAAGAGCGCCUCCUGCUGCAGCGGAAGAAGCAGCGCGAGUCGUUCGUGCGCAGGAAGUACGCCCUCCUCCAGAGCUCCUCCUCCUCCAGCGACGAGCUCAGCGCCGACUCCACCCCCUCCUCCAGCGAGCACGACGACGACGUCUACCUGGACGUCAGCAGCACGCAGAGCAGCGCCGCUAACGGCAGCGCAGGUGUGCUGGACGAGGAUGUGGUGGUGAUCGAGGCCACGCCCGCACCCCCGGUGCCCGCCAGCGAGGAGAUCAACGUCACGUCCACUGACAGCGAGGUCGAGAUCGUCACUGUGGGAGAUAGCUUCAGGGGGCGCUCUGUGGGGGGUCACGGGCGGAUGCUGUGGGGUCCCAGCUGCUCCCAGAGCCGGGGCCCCGAGGGACGGAACCGACACCGCCUGUCCACCGUCAUCCAACCGCUCCGCCAGAGCCAGGGAGAGGUGGUGGACCUCACAGUGGACGAGGACGAUAUCUCAGUGGUGGCUACCACCUCCGAGGGCGUGCACACUCAGGCCGUCAGCUCUUCCUCCUCCUCCUCCUCCUCGUUCUCUUCCUCCCUCCGCGUCUCUACCUCAGAGCCACUCCACGAGGCCCCGGGGCCCUCCGGCUCCUGCCCCCCCGACAGCACGCCAGGAGGCCCCCCCUCCUCCACCAGCAUGGCCACUGCCACGGAGGAUGACAGAAGAGGUUCAUCCAGCCUAUCAGGAGAGAGUGGGGGUGUGGCCAUGCCCCGCCUCCCCUCCUGCUGCCCUCAGCACUCGCCCUGUGGAGGCCCCUCCCCCGGUCACAUGACCUUAGGCCACGCCCACCCCGGCUGCAUGCAGGGCGGAGCCUCCCAGCAGGCGGGCGCUCAGCACAGCCACGCCCCCCACAGCCACGCCCCCCACAGCCACGCCCCCCACUCCCAUCACUUCCACCACCAUCACCACCACGUGGCUCCGCCCCCGCCCAUGGCCUUCGGUGAGGGGGCGUGUCCACUGGAGAGACCACAGGCCCAGCACCCAGCAUGCUCCACGGGCGGCAACCAGUACCACGAUCAGACUCUACCGGUUGAUCUCAGUAGCAGUGCGGUGCGCGGCGGUGGUGUUGCCGGUUCUGGUUUCCAUGGCACCUCGGCCUUUGACCCCUGCUGUCCCGGGUCGACCUCGCGCCCCCCGCCCUUCGGGUCCCAGUCAGCGGGCGGGGGCGGAGCAGAACCCUUCAGCCCGGCGCUGGUGGCCCAGAGUCAGACCCAACCACAGCUCUCAUCCUGCCGCCACUACGUACACCCCUCCUACGGUCCUCUAGCUCGCUCGCUGCACCACCAGUCGUCCGCCUCCUGCCCCCAUUCCCACGGCAACCCCCCUCCCCCGCCCCAGCCCCCCCCUCAGGGCGACUAUGUCAUCCCCCACCCCGUCCACGCCUUCCACGCGCCCCCGGCCCCCGCCGCGGCCCUCCCUGCCCACCUGCCCGGCACCAGCGGGGCGCCCUUGGCCCAGCACCUGGCCCCCGUACCCGGGCCGGACCACGGCGCCCUGCCCCACCACCUCCCCCCCGUCCUGGGCCCCCAGGUACCACGGCUCCACCAGCACGACAUGCUGCAGAGGAUGGAGGCCCAGAGACGACGCAUGAUGCAGAACCCCACGCGUGCUCAUGAGCGCCCCCCGCCGCACCCCCACAGAAUGCACCCCAACUACGGCCACGGCCACCACAUCCACGUACCCCAGACUAUGUCCUCACACCCCCGCCAGCCCGACCAGAGAACCACAUGGGAGCUGGGCAUCGAGACGGGAGUGACUGUAGCACCGUACCCUUCAGGGCACCUGCACACACACAUACCCCACUAUCAUCAUGCUCCACCCAGGCUGCACCACUUCCCUAUGCCUUUCAUGCACACGGGGAUGUCGGAGAUGCCCUACCCCCACAUCCGUUACAUCUCCUCCAGGAUGACUGGGUUCGGACGCACCUACGAGGAUCUCCUCCGCAUUGAGGACAGACUGAGCACAGUGAACAGAGGAGCAUCCCAGGGAACUAUAGAGAGGUGCACUUAUCCUCACAAGUACAAGAAGAAGUUGGGGAAGACAGACAUUGAGGAAGAGUUAUCCCCCAAGACACGCUCAUCUAUUGGGAAAAAUAUGCAAGCAACCUCAACCUCGAGAAAGCUGCACGAGAAGGAAGACGAGGAAGAGGAGCCUGAGGAAGACACAGAGGAGAAGUGCACCAUCUGCCUGUCCAUACUGGAGGAAGGGGAGGACGUCAGGCGUCUGCCAUGUAUGCACCUCUUCCAUCAGCUGUGUGUGGACCAGUGGCUCCUGACCAAUAAGAAGUGCCCCAUCUGCCGAGUGGACAUCGAGGCUCAGCUGUCGUCCGAGAGUUGAUGUUGUUCCUCCGAGGAGGACCUUCCCACGCUCCCCUCCCCUUCGUUUUUCUUUUCACUCUCUCUUUUUCUCUCUCUCUCUCUCUCUGCGUCUCUCUCGCUCUCUCUCUGCGUCUCUCUCCUCUCCCUCUGCGUUUUGUUUAUUUCUUCUGGAGUAACACAUUCAACCAAAGAUGGCAUCACUUACCUGCGACACUGACCCCCAAUGCCAACCGUUAUGUCAAAUCAUGAGGGGGGAGGAGGAGAGAGGAUGAACUUCAGCCAAUCGGAAGAAAGGAGAGAAUUCAUUUCAACCAACCAGAGGAGAGGAGAUGUCCCGCCCCCUAGCCCAGAGUGCCAGACUCAAACGUCCCGCCCGUUCUGCUAGAAACCACGCCUCCAUUGUGGAUUGUGAAUUUGUUGUAUUUAUAAAGCUUUUAUUUUCAUUUAUUUGUUUUUGUUUUUGUUUUUUUUGCAUGGUUCCUUGCGAUGCUAUUCUUUGCACAUAUAUGAACUCGGCUGCCCCCCCCAGCCCCCCCGCCCGCCCUGCCAGGCAAGGAGAUGUGCUCUGGGUGAAGAAGCAUCUUUGUGUACCUAACGCCUUGCUUUACUGGACAUGAAUGUCGACCCCCCCCCCGUUUCAAAUGAAAAGAUGCAUUGCAGGACUCACUCUCUCCGGAUCAGUAUAUUGAUUAGUUUCCAUGUAGAUGAUCUGUGAUCUGUUAGUUUUCCCUGAGUGAUUCAUGACAUUCCUUUUAGGGAAAAAAAAAGACAAAGACAUCUUGUUAUAGGGAUUGGCUGCUGUCGUAGUGAGCACAACCUCAACCAUCCAAUCACUUCCCUUCACAGGUAGUGUACACGCCCCCCCCCCC